AUGGAGAACGACUUUUCGACACACACAAAAGCCGUCAAUCUGACGCGCAUUCCUGCUGCAGGCCUUAAGGAAAUGACUUCAGCCCUCACAAAUUCCCGCUCAGGCAUCGUUCCUCCGGGUACUAUUGCCAACAAGACAUCCAGCGUUCCGCAACCAACUCGAGCAAGAAGUACAACGCAAGGCGCGGAAUCGAGCAGGCCCGGAGCUGCAACAUCAACAAUAUCACGCUCUGGCACCGUCACCGGAAAACCUCAUGUUCGGGCGAAUUCUUCUGCACCGACUACCCUAAGUAGAUCGGCUUCCACCACUUUCCGGUCGAACAAAGGCACGUUCUCAUCUACGGUCGGACCCGGCGCGCGACCAACCUCAAAUUUAUCCCGCCCUCACUCCUCACUCGCCAAUUCUCGAAAGCACAAUGGUUACUCGAUCCCUCGACCUGCAACGUCAUUGGAUACCCACACCGAAGAAGAAUCGAGAAACCAACGCAAAAGAAAGGGUGCGGAUUGGGACCACGAAUCUCGGGAGAAAUCAAUGGAGGAGUUCUUUCACGAUUUUAUGUCCCGUAUGAGCCAGGCAGGGCAGCAAAGCUUCGGCCUCAAAGAAACUGUUGAAGUAUACAAGUCAAGAGUGAACGAGUUGGAAGAGUCGCGAAAAGAACUUACGGAAGCGAAAAUCUCAUUGCGCGUUGAGCUCGAGUCGCUCAGAAGCCAACUAGGAACAGCCGAGGGUGCCCUAAGGGAUGCUCAGAGAGAGCAUGAGAUCGUGAUUGAUCAGCUGAACAGUAGGCUACGGGUUGAGAUAGAAACAGUGAGACAAGAAAGCAAGAGAGACAUGGAGGCAUUGACGGCACGGCAUCAAGAUGAAAUUCGUGAGUUACAGCGUCGAUUCGAUCGUGAGAUUGAUGAAGAGAAAUCAAUGCGUCUCCGUGAGGUCAACCAGCUUAGUUCGGAAACUGCACUCAAUGCGCAACGUUCACAGAUUGAGCUGGAGAAGAAGGAACGAGAGGUUGCCACACUCCAAGACGACAUUCAGGCGUUGCGACAAGACAUCAAACGGGAACGGAAGACGAACCAGGACCUUCGCAAUAACUUGGAUACGGCGAGCACUAACGGUGUGACAAUGGAGUCCUCUAUCCGAGCCUUCAAGGCCAGAAUAGAAUUUCUUGAGUCUGGUCGAGAGGAACAGUCCCAGUCUUUUGAACGUUUAAACCAGCAGAUGAUGGACGCAUUGGAGGAGACAAAUGCAACAAAAGAAAAACUGAGGAAAGAAGAGACUCUUCGUAGGAAGCUCCACAACCAGGUUCAGGAACUUAAAGGUAACAUUCGUGUCUUCUGUCGAGUCCGUCCGCCGUCAAGUACCGAGGCUAUGGAUGCCGCUCAAAUCCAGUACCCCGAUCAGUCUGAGGACUGCAAAGAGAUCAGUGUCUUGGGACCGGAAGAGAAAAGUAGUCUUGGAAAUGUGUCUCGAAAGGCAAGCAAUUUCUCUUUUGAUCGAGUUUUCGGACCAAACGCUCAGAAUGCCGAGGUCUUUGAUGAAAUUAGUCAGCUUGUGCAGAGUGCGCUGGAUGGAUACAACGUUUGCAUCUUCUGCUAUGGCCAGACUGGUAGUGGUAAGACCCAUACUAUGUCCUCUCUUGACGGUAUGAUUCCUCGGGCCGUCCAUCAAAUCUAUGAGACCGCGACGGGCCUGGAAGAGAAGGGCUGGAGAUACACUAUGGAGGGCAACUUCGUGGAAGUGUACAACGAGAACCUGAAUGAUUUACUAGGCAAGGCAGAAGAGAUUGACAAGAAAAAGCAUGAGAUCCGACACGACAUGCAGAGAGGAAAGACUAUGAUCACUGACAUCACAACGGUCCGACUCGAUUCUCCAGAGAUGGUCGAAUCCAUCUUGAAACGGGCAGCCUCUAAUCGCUCCGUCGCGGCCACCAAGGCUAACGAGCGCUCAUCCCGAUCUCAUUCUGUUUUCAUUCUGAAGCUUAUUGGUGAGAAUAAUAUUACUGGUGAACGUAGUGAGGGUACUCUCAACUUGGUGGACUUGGCUGGUAGCGAACGGCUCAGCCACAGCGGCGCGACAGGUGAUAGGUUGAAGGAGACACAGAACAUCAAUCGCAGUCUAAGCUGUUUGGGAGAUGUGAUUGCCGCUCUUGGACAGGGGAAGGAUGGUGGACAUAUCCCAUAUCGCAAUAGCAAGCUUACAUAUCUCCUCCAAUUCUCCCUUGGGGGCAACUCGAAGACCCUGAUGUUUGUGAUGGUCAGCCCACUGCAGGCUCAUCUGUCCGAGUCCUUGACCAGUCUCAAAUUCGCAACGAAGGUGCACAAUACCCAUAUUGGGACGGCCAAGCGGCAGGCGCGGGUGCGUGAUUGA